UUAUUGCAAUACCUACAAUAACAACACAACCUCAUCAUGGGUGUGUUUUCCUCUUCCAUUUAGAUCUCAAAGUCUUUAAACUUUCAUUUCCCAAAAUAGGAAGCAGAGGUCGGCUCAUAAAAAAAAUCACCUUCACACCCCAAAGUUUUUUCUCCUCAAGAUCCAAAGCUGCUACAAAGAUCUCUCUCCCCAACUCUGAUUAAGUUCUGAGAGUGGAGCUUAGCAUGGCGACAAACAAAAAGACUAUAGUUUGGUUCAGAAGGGACUUAAGGAUUGAGGAUAACCCUGCAUUAGCAGCAGCUGCUCACGAAGGAUCUGUUUUCCCUGUUUUCAUUUGGUGUCCUGAAGAAGAAGGACAGUUUUAUCCAGGAAGAGCUUCAAGAUGGUGGAUGAAACAAUCACUUGCUCACUUGAGUCAAUCCCUGAAGGCUCUUGGAUCUGAGCUCACUUUAAUCAAAACCCAUAACACCGUUUCAGCUAUCUUGGACUGUGUUCGUGCAACUGGUGCUACUAAAGUCGUCUUUAAUCAUCUCUAUGAUCCUGUUUCGCUGGUUAGGGACCAUACUGUAAAGGAGAAGCUUGUGGAACGUGGGGUCUCUGUGCAAAGCUACAAUGGAGAUUUGUUGUAUGAGCCUUGGGAGAUAUACUGUGAAAAGGGCAAACCUUUUACGAGUUUUAAUUCUUACUGGAAGAAAUGCUUAGAUAUGUCUGUUGAAUCCGUUGUGCUUCCUCCUCCUUGGCGCUUGAUUCCUCUAUCUGCAGCUGAAACGGUUUGGGCAUGUUCAAUUGAAGAGCUAGGACUAGAAAACGAGGCAGAGAAGCCAAGCAAUGCUUUGUUAACUAGAGCUUGGUCUCCAGGGUGGAGCAAUGCUGAUAAGAUACUAACCGAGUUCAUCGAGAAGCAACUCAUAGACUACGCAAAGAACAGCAAGAAAGUUGUUGGCAACUCAACCUCACUGCUCUCUCCAUAUCUCCACUUCGGUGAAAUAAGUGUCAGACGCGUCUUCCAAUGCGCUAGGAUGAAACAAAUCAUAUGGGCAAGAGAUAAAAACAGUGAAGGAGAAGAGAGUGCAGUUCUUUUCCUCAGAGGGAUUGGUCUAAGAGACUAUUCUCGUUAUAUAUGUUUCAACUUCCCUUUUACUCACGAGCAGUCCUUGCUGAGUCAUCUACGUUUCUUCCCUUGGGAUGCUGAUGUUGACAAGUUCAAGGCCUGGAGACAAGGCAGGACUGGCUAUCCGUUGGUGGAUGCUGGAAUGAGAGAGCUUUGGGCUACUGGAUGGAUGCAUAACAGGAUAAGAGUGAUUGUUUCAAGCUUUGCUGUGAAGUUUCUUCUUCUUCCAUGGAAAUGGGGAAUGAAGUAUUUCUGGGAUACUCUUUUGGAUGCUGAUUUAGAGUGUGACAUCAUAGGAUGGCAGUAUAUCUCUGGGAGCUUACCUGAUGGCCAUGAGCUUGAUCGCUUGGACAAUCCUGCGAUACAAGGCGCAAAGUAUGACCCGGAAGGAGAGUACAUAAGGCAAUGGCUACCCGAGCUGGCGAGGUUACCAACUGAAUGGAUCCAUCAUCCAUGGGACGCUCCUCUAACAGUACUCAAAGCUUCCGGUGUAGAGCUCGGAACAAACUAUGCCAAACCCAUUGUAGACAUCGACACAGCUCGUGAACUGCUAACCAAAGCCAUAUCAAGAACUCGUGAGGCACGGAUCAUGAUAGGAGCAGAGCCUGAUGAGAUUGUAGCUGAUAGCUUCGAGGGCUUAGAGGGUGCUAAUACCGUUAAAGAACAUGGUCUUUGUCCGUCUUCUAAUGACCAGCAAGUACCAUCGGAUGUCCGUUACAAUGGGUCAAAGAGAGUGAAACUUGCGGAAGAAGAAGAAGAGAGGGAGAUGAAGAAACUUAGAGGAUACAAUGAAGUUAUUAGAGAAGAAGAAAGGGACUUGUUUUCUACUGCUGAAUCUUCUUCUUCUUCGACUGUUAGGAGUGUGUUCAUGGUUUCUCAGUCUUGCUCGAUGGUAUCAGAAGGUAAGAAUCUGGAAGGUAUUCAAGAUUCUUCUGAACAGAUUGCUACAAGUUUGGGGAAAAUGGUUAGAAAUGAUCAAACAUAAGCUCUAUAUUAUUCUCUGCUGUUGUUAUUACUAUAAAACCUAACAUGUAGAAGUAUGAAUGUGUGUGUCUCUUGACUCCUUGCUUCUUGUGAUGAUGCUCCUAAGAACAAGAUGGAAUAAGCUUAUAUUAUAUUGCUGAUGAAUGUAUGGAUAAAAUAAUAAAG